ACAUGCAUUUCUUCUCUAGUAAUCAUCCAUCCAUCGAUCCACCAAGACAACAACAUGUCCUCAAACCCCAAUGUAACUUAUCAUCAGGAGCCCUCGAAACUGCCGCCUGCGGCCUUUAGCCAGGGAUCGGCAGCCCCGCCUCCGCCUCCUCCUCCUCCUCAGCCUGGAACCGAAGGCCCUUGGUCCUCUGGCCUUUGUGACUGCCUCUCGGACAUUCCCAACUGUUGCAUCACGUGUUGGUGUCCCUGUGUCACGUUCGGUCAAAUUGCUGAGAUUGUGGACAGAGGAUCAAUUUGUUAGUACUUUAAUUUGUUUUGUCUUACAUAUCUUAAUGAAUCGAGGAAUAACAUUUAAAUAUUCUUUAUAAAUAUUCUUCCACUCUUUUCAUACAAAUCAACCUAAAAAUCCACAUCUUCUUUUUUCUUUUUCUUUUUUUUUGGUGAAAUAGAAUUAUUUUCAUUUAGGAACGAGGAGGGGUCUUACAUUACACCCAUACGUCGUCAACGCAAAACAAAAGGCAAUGAAACCACGCACUAUUCCCCAUUCCUUCUAUUUCACUUAUUCCUCGUCAGCUUUCUCCCUUGAACAAAAAGAACUCAAACGCCACACCGGCUUUGGUUAUUGUGGCAUGUUAUUUUGUUGAAAAUGUAUGUUUAAUUACAAUUUUAUUAAUUU